GUCAGUUUAAACUCGAUCUUCUAUUCUUUUGGAUUAUUAUGUUAUCGAGAGAGAGAUUAUCGUUUAAUUACUACAAAGAAAAAUUAAUAGAUUUACUAGCAGAUAGUCUUAUAAAUGAUAUUUUCUCUAAUGAAUUAAUAGAUAAGAAUAACUGUACCGAAAAUAUUACAAUUAAAGAUUUACAAUUUGAAAACAAUGAUAAAGAUAUUGAAAAAAAAAUUCAAUUAUUGAUGAAAAUAUUAGGCAAUCAAUCUCUUUGUGCUAUCGUUUCUAUAUUAGAGAAAAUACAUCGAGAGACGGAAGAGGAGAGAGUUGGGAAAUUAAUUGAUAAUUUUCAAAAUACUAAUAAAGUAUGGAAUAAACUUAUCGAGGAUACUAAGAGUCAGAGAAGAGAUGAUUUCUAUUAUCUGUGUCCUCUUCCUUUUGAUAAUAGUAUACCAAUAAAUUUAUCUACUAUUGUUACUCCUAUAGAAAUUUCAAAGGUUGUAGACUUUAAUUUCCAACAAUACAGCUUCUUAUCUACUAAAAUUGAAUAUGAACAUUUCUAUCAAAUAUUUACAAAUGGAUUUACUAAAGCAAUCGUUCAAGCUGAAGCUGGAAUGGGGAAAACCGUUCAAUUUAGAUAUCUUAUUCAUACUUGGUCGCAUAACGUUUGGAAAGUCUCAUCAGAUAAAUUACUGAUAUUUAUAUCAUUGAAGGAUGCUUCAUCAACAGAAAAUGUAUUUGACAUCAUUUUAAAACAAAAUUUCCAGAAUAUAUCCUACGUCACUAGGAAUGUUAUCCAAUCAAUCUUUGCCGAAAAGAAUCAAGAUAUCAUUCUCCUCAUAGACGGAGUAGGCGAAUAUAGUUACGAAGAUCCAUUUCUUAAGAGAAUCAUUGAGGAAUUGAAUCCUCCAGUUCCAACUGUUAUUUGGUCUAGAAAAUUGAAAGUUAACAGUAUUCAAGCAAAUCGCGAUAUGAUAUUUGAAUUGAAAGGAUUUAACAAGGAACAGCGAAUAUCUUUCUCAGAGAAGUUUUUUAAAGGCAAUAAACAGUUUGUAAAUUACGCAAACAAACUAACGGACGACGCUAAUCUACUAUCAAUGUGUAGGAUACCCUUAAUGUUGGCGAUUACUUUUCACGCGAUAAAGGAGAGAGGCGAUUCCUUCUUGGAAGAAUCUUCAUUCAAUAUCUAUAAGAAUAUUAUAGAAGCCGCUCAAACGUGUAUAAAUUAUCAAGGUAUUGCGGAGAAGAUGAAAAUCGUUCAUAAAUUGAGUUUUAUGUUUCUAGCUAAAGGCAAAAUACUACUUUUACAAGAAUUAGACGAUGGAGAUGAAAAAGGAUUAAUUGAUAUUUUACGCGGUUUUGCCUAUAGAAUUCAAGGUCAUCAAACAGAUUUGGGUAUCAAUGAAAUUCAUUUUUAUCAUUCAUCCAUUCAAGAAUUUUUUGCUUCCAAUUAUCUCUUAGAAGAAUUUCAAAAACUAUUAAAACGCUUAUAUUGGACUGUGUCAUUCGAUAAUCAAUUAGUCGAAAUUGAUGAUAAAUCGCUUUAUAGAGUUAUAGAAUUUAUUGGUCAGGAUUCUAUAAAAGUCUUAAAAAGAGUUGUACAAUCUUCAAAGAAAAUUCAAGCGAUAUAUGAAUACAGUGAAAAUGUUAAGCAUCUAUUAGAUAUUGGAUUCGUAAGAGAAAAGAAACGCUUACAUCUGGAAAAGCUAAAGUUAAACGAUGUUAUUAUAUCCGCUUUAAUUAGAAAGGUUGGAUGGAAUAUUUCAGAGAUAUUCCUACUACGUUCAGAGUUUAAUUUAGAGCUUGUUAUGGAACUGUUAUCAUUACAUUCACCCAAUUUGAAAAUUCUUUGUCUAUCCAAUAAGAAUCCACCGAAACAUUUCUAUUCCGAUGAACACUUUUUAAAGAAUCUUAUCAAUUUAAUUACAAAUGCAAAUUUGAAAUAUUUCCACCUUGGACAAAUUGGUUUCAUUAUUAAAAGGAGAUAUAUCAAUACCAACUGCAAAACCAAUCUUUGUAUACAAGAAUUGAAAAUGUGGGAAGAGCAACACGAGGAUCAUAUAAUCGUUGAUGUUACUUUUGGUCCUACUCUUAUGAUUAGUCUAAUUGAUGAAUGUGCUAAUUUCUCAAAUUAUAUAAACUAUCAUUACGAAUAUCUUUUGAAGGAAUGUAGAUAUUUAGAGAAUUUAACCUUAAAGAAUAAAACAUUAAAGGAAAGCCUUUCUAGAGAUUUUAUCGAUUUUUUAAAAGUUAUGAAGAGCGAUAAUUCGUUAAAGACAUUCUCCAUGAAAGAUUUAACUGUUGAAUUUCCUAACGAAGAGUACUUGUGGAGUAGUUUAAAACAAAAAAACCCUCCAAAAUUCCAAUGGAAUCGAUUGGAUGAAAAUCAAAACGGCUGCCAAUGUCCUAGAAUUGAUGUUAUAGUUUCGAAAAAACACUGUUCAGCUCUUCUCUCUCGUAUAGAUGAAACUUUUGUUGAACAAAUAGUUGAUAAGAAUAUGGAAUUAGGCUUAGGAUACGUUACAAUUUCCUUUGGGCUCACACAACAUACGCAUUUAUUUAGGAGUUUCAACUUUUUAGGCUAUGACUUAAUAGAAAGUCAAGCAAAAAUUUUAGGUAGAGUCCUGGGACAAUGCUCACAUAUUGAAUCGUUGGUAUUAGACGGAAAUAAAUACAUGGGUUGUGGAUUUAUGAACAUAUGCAAAGGAUUAAAAACUUCUUGCAAAAGCCUAAAAACUCUUAGCUUUAACGACUGCAAUUUGAGUGAACACCAAGGGGCAAGUUUAGGAGAAACACUUCGCUGCUGUUGCACAAUAGAAUCAUUAAGUAUGAAUCAAAAUGGAGAUAUUAAAAUGGGAUUUAUUCCAAUCUUUAACGGGCUUGAGAAUUCUUGUCAAUUUCUUAAAAGUUUAAACUUUAAUAAUUGCUUUUUAACAAAGAAAUUAAUAUUACAAAAUCUUGUGAGAGUUUUAUAUUUCUGUUCAAAUUUGGAGUCGGUUUUACUUGGUAAUAAUCAAUUGAAAGGAGAUAGUUUAAAAUCAUUGAUAAAUGAAUUAAAGAACUCUUCACUUUCUCUUAAAUGUCUUGAUCUUGGUUGGAGCGAUAUUGAAGGUGUUCAAGCUAAAUGUUUAGGUGAUCUUCUACUCGAAUGUUCCCAACUCGAAUCACUACACCUUAUAGGAUGUAAGAAUAUGAGCUUUGGUGCAUUCAAUGAUAUAUGCGAUGGGUUAAAAAAGUUAUCUUCGAGUAUUCAAUUGAUCGAUUUGAGCAGUUGCAGUAUUACCGAAAACCAGGUAAAAUGUUUAGGAAACACCUUAUCCCAUUUAACAAAUCUGCAAACAUUAUCUUUAAGCGAUAAUGAUAAUUUAGGCGAUGGAUUAAAAGUCUUAAUUGACGGAUUAAAGAACUCCCAUCACACACUUAAAGAUCUUGAAUUAAGCAAUUGUUGUAUACGAGAAUACCAAGUGGAUAGCUUAAUAGAAAGUCUCCCCGGAAAGAUAAAUUUCGAAUCUCCCAAAGAUGUUGAUAUUGUUCAUAAACUAUUCAAUUUUGAAAAAACUGGUAGUUUUCCUCUUUGGUCAAUUAAUAAACUUAAUUUGGACAAUUGUUCCUUAACCAGAAAUCAAGGAAAACGCUUAAAAGAAGUAUUGAAAUUUUGCGAAAAUUUGCAGUCAUUUUCCAUGUAUGGAAAUAGAAAUAUCGAAACUGGAAUUGAGGAUAUAUUAGCUGGUUUGGAACAUUCAUCGCAACAUUUAAAAAGCUUAGACUUUGGAAAUUGCAAUUUGACUGAAAAUCAGGGUAAAUUAUUAGGAGAAUUCUUUCAACUUUGCUCUAAUUUAGAGUCAAUUUUCCUAAAUGAGAAUGAUAAUAUUGGUUCUGGAUUUAAUUAUAUCUGCUAUGGAUUAAAGAGCUCGUCUAAAUGUUUGAAACUUUUACACGUUGGCUUUUGCGAAUUAUUAGAAAUUCAGAAUAAAUGUCUAGCUGAACUUUUACAGUCAUGUUCAAAUUUAGAGGCAAUUUUUAUGGAUGAUACCACAAAGAUUGGAUAUGCAUUUCAAAUGAUAUGCCAGGGAUUGAUAAAAUCCUCUAUAAACCUAAAAGAAAUUAGUUUUAGAGGAUGCGAUUUAACUCAGUCUCAAGCAAGGUAUUUGGCGGAUACUUUACAACUUUGUCCGAAUCUAGAAUACAUAACUGUUGGUCAUAACAAAAGAAUGGGGAAUGGGAUCAUCUUUAUCUGUGAUUCUUUAAAUACUUCAUCCAGGUAUCCCAAGAUUAUAGAAUUCGAAUGGUUUGACUUUAACGAAAGCCAAGCAAGAGAAUUUGAACUUAAUCUAAAAAUUUGUUUAAAUUGCGAGCCAAUUUUCAUUUAUCGUGGCUAUUCUUAUGGAAGAGAUAAUGAGAAGGUUAACAACGACCGACAGCUUGCAAAUAGUUUAAAGGAUAUUCCAGUAGAUCUAAGAGGAACAGUUUGCUUAGAAAUACCCCAAUUGUUCCUCGACUAUUGAACGAUAGCACAUUAUACAUCCCUCUUGAAAAGACACUCGAACAUGCAUCGUUUCUUUAUCUGCAAUUUGGCUGUCAUAUGUAUUCAUUCAAAAAUAGAAGAAGAAGAAGAAGAAGAAGAUAAGACCGAUUUAAAACAGCUAAACAGAUAAAGUAACUACCAACUAUGAAACUGAUUAGUAUGAUAAUAUUUUUCAAAAUAUUCAUAAUAUAAAACUUGAAUAAUCAUAAUUAGAUAUAGAAUUUUGAUGUUUAAUGAAUAGUUAAAGUUUCUGUAUAAUAACUACAUUACCUCAUAAUAUAAUAAUAUGAAAAUUAACUGUGGUUAGUGCUUAGUCAACGGCGAAUUAGGUCAGGGAGUAAUAUUUAAUAAUAAGAUAUUCUAUAUCCAAUAUUUGUUACGAGGAAACAAGAAAAACCUACCUCUCUCUCUCUUUCUGUCCUUUGUUUCAUUCUAUGGACAAGAUAAAAUCGAUGAUUAGACAAAAAGUACUAAUAUUUACCUUGGAUACUUUUUGAGGGAAUAUACAAUUAAGUAGAUUUAUUAAAUUUGCGAUCAGCGGUGAAUUAUGAUCUCUAAACUGGAUAUAUUCUGUGGAUUUAUAACAAUUUUAUGGACAAUUAUGAAUAUUUUCUCCGGUCCGACGUUUCAUUAUGCAAUUUCAAAAGAAAAUUUUAGCGAAAUUCUAAGAUAUCGAGUAAUACCGGAUGACAAGACUAUUAAACCUUAUUACGUAAAUAGGACAACUGCAAUUCGCUCGCCAAAUAAAAUAUGUAUUAUUACAUUUUACUUAGAACCAAAUCAUCCGCAUAUUAUGACUAUUUAUGGUCUAGUAAUUAGUAUAUCAUUUGUUAUCUGGUUUAUUGCUUUUCUACUUUGUAAUCCUUUCACGUAUCUCCAUUUCAAGAUUGGUAUCAUGACAAAUAUUCUCUUCUGGGAUAUUUAUCUAUUUAGCAUAAGUUUCUACUAUCUUAUUGUGUUUGAUACAUCAAUUGAUCAAUUUAAAAUCUGUUCAAGAACUUCACUUUAUAGCGGAUACUACAAUGAAAGUUGGAUAGGUCUACGAUUAUCAUUAAUAUUUAUAGGCGUACAUUCUGCAUUCUUGAUGCUUUUUAUAUGGCGUUUGUCAAAUGAAAAAGGUAAGUUAAUUGUUUUUAUUAUAAAGUCUAAAUAAACUGGCUUAUUCAACAGAUUUACUUUUACCUUUAAAACUAAUUUGUCAAUCUUGUCUUACAUUUUCCAAACGAUUUAAAACCGAAAGUAAAACUUUAAUAUAUAAUUCGCAAGAUAACAAAACGAUAACUUCUGAUUCUUUAUUGGAGAUUGAGAUAGUUGAGAAUCUAUAGUUCUGUUGGAUUAUUGCAAUAAUUUGGAUUUGUUCUUUGAAUAUCUUAACGUUGAAUAUAUAGAGAGACAUAGACAACAUAGAGAAAGUUAAAUGAUUAGCUGUACAACCUUAUUAAUUAGAAGAUCAAUAUAUUCUAUAAAAUAUUCCAAUAUUAGAUGGAAGAGUAUCUUAUCUGAUAUUUGCAGAAUUAAGAUAAAGCGUAUUUGUUCUAAAAUCCAAAUAUUGAGUGGAAGAAUAUUUGAUUUGCGUCAAAGUUUCGCAGAGAAUAACAUUCUUUUAUAUAUUUACAUUAUUUGAACGAUCUAUUCAAUUUCAAUAAAGAUUAUUACGUAAAAAAUAUGUUUUUGUCUUUUAGACGAAAAUGCAUAUUUCAAUGAUUGUAGUCUCUUCCUAUUGUUUAUAAUUG